UUCCCGGAAGAGUGAUGGCCGCGGCCUAAGAGGUGGCCCGUUGGAGGCGUCGCAGGCGCUCGGGUCGCGCUCGGUGGAUCCUGGGUGCGGCGAGGGAGGCCGCUCCCGGCCACACUCGCAGGCCAUCCUGCAGCGCAGACCCCGGCAGCCAUGACCUCCAGGCAGGCUCCCCUCUGUGGCCUGGCCCCUCGCUGCCUCUGGCUCCUGGGGGCUGUCCUUCUGAUGGACGCGUCCGCCCGGCCCGCCAACCACUCGUCCGCUCGGGAGAGAGUGGGUAGCAGGGAGGAAAACGAGAUCCUGCCUCCGGACCACCUGAACGGGGUGAAGCUAGAGAUGGAUGGGCACCUCAACAGGGAUUUCCACCAGGAGGUCUUCCUGGGCAAGGACACAGACGGCUUUGAGCAGGACGCGGAGCCCCGGAGGAGCCGGAGGAAGCUGAUGGCCAUCUUCUCCAAGGUGGAUUUGAACACCGACAGAAGGAUCAGUGCCAAGGAGAUGCAGCGCUGGAUCAUGGAGAAGACGGCCGAGCACUUCCAGGAGGCCAUCGCGGAGAGCAAGGCGCACUUCCGAGCCGUGGACCCCGACGGUGACGGCCAUGUGUCAUGGGAUGAGUACAAGGUGAAGUUUUUGGCGAGCAAAGGCCAUGACGAGAGAGAAGUUGCUGAUAAGAUAAAGAAUAAGUGGGACCUGAACGUCGACGAAGAGACACAGGAAGUCCUGGAGAACCUCAAAGACCGCUGGUAUCAGGCGGACAACCCGCCCCCGGACCUGCUGCUGACGGAGAGCGAGUUCCUGUCGUUCCUGCACCCCGAGCACAGCCGCGGCAUGCUGCAGUUCAUGGUCAAGGAGAUCAUCCGGGACCUGGACCAGGAUGGUGACAAGAAGCUCUCGCUGUCCGAGUUCAUCUCUCUGCCCGUGGGCACUGUGGAGAACCAGCAGGGCCAGGACGUGGACGACGGCUGGGUGCGAGACAGGAAGAGAGAGUUCGAGGAGCUGAUCGAUGCCAACCGCGACGGAAUCGUGACCGCGGCGGAGCUGGAGGACUACAUGGACCCCAUGAACGAGUUCAGCGCCCUCAACGAGGCCAAGCAGAUGAUCGCCGUUGCCGACGAGAACCAGAACCACUGCCUGGAGCCCGAGGAGGUGCUCAAGUACAGCGAGUUCUUCACGGGCAGCAAGCUGGUGGACUACGCCCGCAGCGUGCACGAGGAGUUCUGAGCCGCCGCCGCCGCGCCCGCCCCGCCCCGCCCCGCCCCGCCCCUCCCGCGGCGCCUCAAUUCCCGCGAUUCCCGCGUACCCACUGCUUCUCGCUUCCGAGAACUGGAGCCCUUCUGCCAGAGGCACCGGCCGCAUCAGGGCCUGCGGGCUGCCACACCGUGGGAAAUACGCAGCUCCCGCCGUUUCCUUGAACACUGAAAGAUGAAGGCUUUGCUGGAAAUCAGCAGCCGGUGGCUGGGGGGUCGGCAAGGGGCCGUGAGAGCCGCCGGCCCUGUGACGUUCAGUCUCUGAGGAAACGCUAAUACUGGUGACAGGAAUCACAUUAAUUUACUUUGAAAUAUAGUUUCCUUUUUCUCCCA